CCUAUCUCAACUUUCGGACACACCCUCCAACUGAAGCUCGCGAGGGUUUGUCUAGGUGAACCACUCAACACCGAAGGUCUGUUGCAGUUUGCUUAUAGACCUGUUGUAUAUCCGCAGUCCUGGUGCCUGGAACGCGGUUUGAAGGACAGCAAAAAGGACACUCCUCCCAUCCGUGUCAUAGCAACAUUCGGUACGCCCAUCAACCAUCCAACACAAGCUGCUGGAUUGCCGUCCGCUGAAACUAUACGGCCGAAGGUCAAACGACAUCAUGGGCCUCUCCGCGAAACUGAAAUCCUGGUCCGAGGAGUUGACGCCUUACUUCAUCUAUCUCCUCUUCGUCGCGACUUUGGGGCCACUCUUAUUCGGGUACCACCUUGCCGAACUCAACGCUCCUCAAGAGGUCAUCACAUGCGAGAAAAAGUCGCCCAGUCCUUUGUCCGCGGCUCUGCCCCAGUGCAUCCCCAUGGACGCAGCGCAACUCGGUCUAGUUUCUUCCAUCUUCACACUCGGCGGUCUCGUCGGCGCACUGGCCUCCGGCGCCCUCGCCGCACGAUACGGUCGACUCUUCGUCAUGCGGAUUAAUACGCUGCUCCUGGCUCUGGGGCCCCUUGGCGAGACGCUAGCUCCCAAUAUCACUGUUCUAGCUUUGGGACGACUCGUCUCGGGUCUAGGUGCAGGUGUGUCUGUCGUGGUCGUGCCGAUAUACAUCUCGGAAAUCGCCCCUCCCAAGGAGAAAGGCUUCUUCGGCGCCUUCACCCAGAUCGCGACGAACGUGGGCAUUUUCACGACACAGCUGCUCGGCUACUUCCUGAGUCACGGACAGAUGUGGCGCGUCAUUCUCGCGGUCGCGGGCAUAAUUGGCGUCGCACAAUUUGUCGGUCUGCUGUUUGCGGUCGACAGCCCGAAAUGGCAGGCCAAUCAUGCCAAUCCACGACAGGCCAAGGACAAUCUCAAGCGGAUUAGAGGACAUAAGGCGGAUCUCGGCGAAGAGAUCGAGGGGUGGGGGUUACAGCGUGAGCAUGAGCGGAAUGAAGAAGAGCAGACCCUUCUCACAAACGAAGACCACGUCCACCACGGCCCUUCCGAUACGUCCGCGCACCCCGACAGCAAAUCUCAAACUCAAGCAUCCGUCGGCAUUUUCUCUGUUCUCCGCGACCCAGCAAGCAACCGCGCCAUCCUCGCCGUCGUUGUCGUCAUGAUGGCCCAACAACUCUGCGGUAUAAACAGCAUCGUCAUGUACGGCGUGUCUCUGCUGGCGGACCUGUUGGCGGCCAACUCGGCAUUGCUGAACAUUUUCGUCAGCAUCCUCAACAUCGUCGCGACAACGGGGUUUGCGCCGCUCGUCGACGUGCUAGGCCGGAAACCGUGCAUUCUCGGCUCCAUCGCCGGCAUGGGUGUGUCGAGCGUGAUGCUUGCUGUAGGGAUCCGUAGCUCGAUCCCCGUACUCAGCGCCAUAUCGGUGCUCCUUUUCGUCGCGAGUUUUGCGUUCGGACUCGGUCCCGUGCCGUUUAUUCUGUCGAGUGAGCUUGUGGGCCCCGAGGCUGUGGGGGCGACGCAGAGUUGGGCAUUGGCAGCGAAUUGGAUCUCUACGUUUGUCGUUGCGCAGUUCUUUCCCAUGGCGAAUGCGCGGUUGGGCAAAGGUAUGGUGUAUUUCAUUUUCGCCGGGUUGGCGGCGCUGUUUUUCGUCUUCGUUGGUUGGUACGUGCCGGAGACCAAGGGUAAGAAGGAUGUCGAUGAAGUUUGGGGCAGGACUGGGAGGAGGGAGGAUUGAGGUAGGAAGGGGAGUGCACUGAGACGGGAUUGAGAUAGGAACGGAGGGAGAGAAGAUCGAGUGUAGGUCCUGAAGGAGACAUGACUGUGAUUGAGGGCCUAGGCAACGCUCUGUAUGUGGUGGGUUAUUACGCAGGUGGACAGGGCUGUUUGGCAAGAAAGCAGGACCGGUGAUUCUGGAAAUCCGACCCGUCAUCCGAGCAUAGGGGCAAGCAUGAUGGGCAAAAGGGCUGGGAAGGGGGUCUCUCGACCCAUGCAACAGGACGGAGGAUAGCAGAAGGACAUGAGAGGUGCACGUAUUCAAUGAUUCGGAAACACACUGAGCCUCUUGAAUUCCAAAGGCCCAUGACCAUGCCGGUCAAGGGCACUCUUGUCCAAUUAAACA